AUGGUUUCAUUUGAUGUGGUAUCAUUGUUUACCAAUGUACCCAUCGACGCCGCAUGCAAGGUCGCACUUAGCAGGCUCGAACGUGAUGAGAGCCUACCCGAGCGCACACAGUUAUCUCCGGCCCAGGUAACUGAGCUUUUGAGUUUUGUUUUGCAAUCUACGUAUUUCAUGUUUGCCGGCAAUUUCUACGAACAGCAAGAAGGAGCAGCCAUGGGCAGCCCUGUUUCCGCGGUGAUCGCUAACCUGUUCAUGGAAGCUUUUGAGGAACGUGCGCUGAGUAGUUGCCCGCCCGACUGCGCCCCUAGAGUUUGGAAGCGAUACGUAGAUGACACGUUUAUCAUCACGCAUAGAUCCGCCGCCGAUGACCUUUUGAGCCACAUGAAUUCGCAGCAGCCCUCCAUCCGUUUUACCAUGGAGAUGGAGUGCAACGAGCGCAUUGCCUUUCUAGACACUUUGGUGCACCGUGACACCAGCGGCCGACUGUACACCACCGUAUACAGGAAGCCCACACACACUGAUCAGUACAUUGCUUAUGAUUCGCAUCACCCGAAGUCCGUUAAGCGCGGGGUAGUGAAGUGUCUUUACGACAGAGCUUCACGCAUCGUUACUAAGCCCCAUUGCACAGCUACAGAGAAGCAACACAUCACCUCGGCUCUUAUUUCUAACGGUUACCCGCGCUCCUUCGUUAACCGCGUCGCUAAGAAGAAGAGCGCCCGUCCGAACAGCUUGCGCAAUUUAAAUCCGCUAUAG